AUAACCGGCGCACGAGCUGGCCAGGACCUAAACAGCUCACCGCAGCGACGCCCCCAACGCAGCGCUUCGACAUCUCGCCGCUGCACCUACGCCCGACGCCGCCAGAAACGUAGAGUGACAGCCGCCGCUGCUGACAGCCGCCGCUGCAACGCCCCCGACGCUGCGCAUAUAUAGAAAAACGAUGUCCCGCUUCGACCGCAAACCAACGAAUGCGGCCGAGAAGCCGCCCACGGACGCGCCGGCCCCGGCCCAGCUCGACCCCGACCACAUCGACGCGAGCAACGAGGGCUUCAAGAUGCUGAAGAGCAUGGGCUGGACGGAAGGUGAAGGACUCGGCAAGCAGUCGAAGGGCGACGCUUUACCUUUAUCGGAGCGCAUCAGGGAGGAAGCUAGAAGGGAGGGUCUAGGUCGUAGCAAGCAAGAAGCGGAAAUGCUCAGCAAGGCGACGACGCGGAAGCGCGACGAGAGUGACGACGAGGCCGCUCGUAAAAAGCGGAAAGAGGUCGGCGAGGAGCAGAAACGUAGAGACGAAGUACUGGCCGAGCAGCAUCGCAAUUUUUACUGUGCGUGUUGUGAUAAACAAUAUACCACAGUAUCGGAGUUCUCGGCGCACCUGUCGUCCUACGACCACCACCACCGCAAGCGCUUCGCGGAGAUGCGCGAGGCCGAGAAAGCGAGGAAUGCCGACGCGACGGCCGAGAAGCGGUCGAGGGAGGAGGCCAGGCGGGAGCGGGAACUACAAAAGCAGAUUAGAGCUGCGGCCGCCGCGGCGCCGGCGCCGGCGCCAGCGCCGGCGCCCGCGUCGACGGGAUACGCCACCGCCCCGCUGCCCGGCUUCAGCGGCUUCCAGACGAAGAAACUUCCGGGCGCCGCGCCGAUCAAGUUCAGCCUGGACUUCGGUAAGAAAUUGUAGUGUUGUGCACAGGCUUGGUUCUUAGACAGGGGUAGUACAUUGGGGUCGGUCCUAUACGCCAUCGACGCGUGCAAGUCGCGCCGGCGGCGUCGAGGGGAGA